AUGGCUGGCAGAGCCGUGUGUCAGGUGGCUUUGGCUCUGUUCCUCAUGCUCAGCCUGGCAGCAGGAGCUUGGGUCAGCUGCCCCAGGGCCUGUCGAUGCUCCUUCGCCAUGCUUCAGUGCCUCGAAGUGGACGGCAUCAACAGCAUCCCGAUGCUGGCACCGCAGGAAAGCGAGAACAUCACAGAAAUCUACAUCGAGAACCAGUCGAGACUGGAGCAGGUCACUGAUGUGGACUUUAAUAACUACAGAGAGCUGAAGAACCUCACAGUUACAGACUGCGGCUUGUUCUUCAUCUCCAAUAAAGCUUUCCAAUACAACGUCAAGCUGCAAUAUGUGAACCUGGCUGGAAACUCACUCAUGCACAUCGGCUGGAAGGUCUUCCACUCACUUCCUCUGCUGAACCUGGUUCUGAGGGAUAACCCUUUGAUUUGCUCAUGUGGCCUGUACUGGUUACAGCAGUGGCAAAAGAUAAAGCGAGCCGACAUCGACAUCCAGCAGAGCUGUUUGUACAACGGCAGCAGCGUUCUGCUCGACAGCUUUGUGAUGGAGAACUGCAGUGUUCCCGAGGUGGCCAUCAUCGCUCCAGUACUCACCAUUAAGGAGGGCGGAAAUCUGACUUUCCAGUGCCAGGUGACCGGAGUUCCACUGCCGAGUAUUAGAUGGAGGACGGAAGCGCUUAAUUCCAGUUUUGUUUUGCAGCGUGGGAUCUGGGGCUCCACUUUGGAGCUGGUGCUUCACCUGUUACAUGUGUCAUAUGUGGACAACCUGCACAAUCUCACCUGCGAGGCAGAGAACGAAGCAGGCCCAGGAGAGGCAAUCGUCGGGCUCAACAUCAAGUUCCCGGUGAAGAUCCUGUUCUUGAGGCCGCCGGAGCAGCAGCAUCACUGGUGUUUCCCCUUCGCAGUAGACGGAAACCCAGCGCCAAAAAUCAGGUGGCUGUACAACAACGUGCCGCUGGUGGAGACCCAGUUCACCUACACGCAGCUCAUCCCAGACUCGGACGACGGCUCCGUCCAACACGGCUGCCUCUUCCUCAACAAGCCAACUCACCUCAACAAUGGCAACUACACGCUCGUGGUGGAAAACGUGCUGGGUCGAGACGAGGCGACGGCCAUCGGCAAUUUCAUGGAUAACCCGUUCGACCCUUUCGACCCUGAAGGCAUUAUCCCUGUUAUGACUAGUGACCCGAUGCCUACUAACCAGUCGAACGACGACGUGACGGAGAAGCCGGAGAGCCGGCUGCUGGGGGUGUCUGUCGCUGUGGGUCUCGCUGUAUUCGCUUGCACCUUCCUGCUCAUCAUGGUGUUGGUGAUCAAUAAGUGUGGGCAACACUCCAAGUUUGGCAUCCAUCCAGGGUCGUCUGUUCUUGGAAAGGAAGACGACUUGGCUGUCUCGCUUCGCUUUAUGAACUUCGGUGCGAGUCCUCCUUCCUCGGACGAAGGCAUGCUGGAUUCCGGACUCUCCAGCUUUGUGGAGAACCCACAGUACUUCUGCGGCAUCAUCAAAGACAAGGACAUGUGUGUACAGCACAUUAAGAGGCAGGACAUCAUGCUGAAGUGGGAGCUGGGAGAAGGAGCUUUCGGGAAGGUUUAUUUAGCUGAGUGUGCUAACCUCUGUCCGGACACUGACAAGAUGCUGGUGGCUAUAAAGACGCUGAAGGACGCCAAUGAGUCGACUCGACAGGACUUCCAGCGCGAGGCCGAGCUCCUGACCGUUCUCCAGCAUGAGCACAUCGUCCGCUUCUAUGGAGUGUGCACAGAUGGAGAACCUCUCGCCAUGGUGUUUGAGUACAUGCGGCACGGUGACCUCAACCGCUUCCUCAGGGCUCAUGGUCCAGAUGCUCGGAUCCUGGACGAGGUCAAAAUGCCACCGAUGGGUCAGCUGACCCUGCUGCAGAUGCUCCAGAUUGCAGCCCAGAUUGCCUCUGGUAUGGUGUACUUAGCCUCACUCCACUUCGUGCACAGAGACCUGGCCACCAGAAACUGCCUGGUUGGUGAAGGUCUUGUGGUGAAGAUUGGUGAUUUUGGCAUGUCCAGAGACAUCUACAGCACUGAUUACUACAGGGUUGGCGGAAGAACCAUGUUACCUAUUCGUUGGAUGCCUCCUGAGAGCAUUAUGUACCGAAAGUUCACCACAGAGAGUGACAUCUGGAGCUUUGGGGUGGUUCUGUGGGAGAUCUUCACCUACGGAAAACAGCCGUGGUAUCAGCUGUCCAACAGUGAGGCGAUCGAGUGCAUCACGCAGGGCCGGGAGCUGGAGCGGCCGAGGACGUGUCCUAAAGAGGUCCACCAGCUCAUGCAGGGCUGCUGGCAGAGAGAACCACAACAACGUCUCGUCAUCAAGGAAGUCUACAACCGGCUCGUGGCCCUGGUCAAGAACCCUCCGGUCUACCUGGACAUCCUGGAGUGAAACGGAUCUGCGAUGGGAUGGAGGGAGGUUUGGGUCAAAGAGACAAAUCUGUGGAGGGAAAAAGAGAAAAGAGGACUGAAGAAGAUCCGAG